AUCGGGUUGAAUGGAGAGAAAAAUAAUACACCAAAAUCGGUCUGAUACAUGAAGGGAAAACUCACUCGUCAACCUAAAACUCUAUAAUAUAGAAGCAUGCGUUUGCAUCCAGAGCCUUGGAUUCUCCAAAGUUGGACAGUGGAUGCUAUUUUCAAACCAAUGGCGCAGGUAACUAACAUUGAGGGAAACUGAAUAAGAGUGGCAAAUGACCGCACCUGACGAUCGCAUCUCCAUUCUCUUCCUGCAUUGCUGUGUGUAAGGUUUCUGCUGCGGUUUGUGCCUUCACACCCGUUGCUGAUGUUUUCCCCCGCUCAACUGCAGCUUCUUCUGUGAUCUCCUUCCGGUCCCUCAUCUGCGCUUAAUUUGAGUGGUAGCAUCGUAUUGCAUUCCGGCCGGGUUGAGUACGAGAGACGUUCUACCAACAAUGGUGGGCGGGGAGUUAUUCAUAGCUGGAGCUAUCGGUGUCUUAGGUCACAAAGUGCGCAUUGAACGAGAAGGCGACGAGAAAUUAGCCAAGGAAGAUUACGAACAUAUGCCGCUGCGGUCUGUGAUGUCGAUGCUGGUGCACUGCACCUACUUUCGGGACUUGAAUAUCCUGACAACUGCCGGGGCUUGGGUCAUGGACUACACGAACGAUCGAGCUAAGAAAUACGGGAAGGAGCAUUGGGAACCGUAUCGGUGCCAUGCAACCGAGUCGGUCCUCAAAGAAUUGGGUCUGGCGUUCUUCCUCCGUAAGCCCUCACAUUGCAAUCCCGUAGCCCCAGAUUUGGCAAUCGUGCUGCGGGGUACUAUACCCACUUUAAUAUGGGACAUAUUGGCGGAUUUGAAGAUUGCCGUGGAGACCCUGAACAAAUCCGCUCGAGUUCUUGAUACCGUGGAAAUCAUUUUGGAGGUGGUGAAGGACUUCCGAAACCAGAACCCAAAUGGGAAAAUCUGCAUCGCCGGGCACUCGCUCGGGGCAGCGAUUGCUCUCAUUGUCGGCGGGCUUUUGCAUUCUGCUCACGACAUCAAGAUCGACACACAUCUGUUUAACCCUCCUUUGAUGACGGUGGUGGAUGUUAUCAAUGGAAAGGCUAUACCCAAACCAAAAGCUCCAGAAAAUGUCGAAGGAGAUGAUCUUGUUCCAGCACUGGAAGUGAAGUUCUCGCAGUUGAAAGACCUGUUGGUUAGGAACAAAUCAGCGCUGCAUAACGAAUGGGAACAGUUCAAGAAGUUGCAGAACUGGGUUCCUCACUUUUACCUCAACCCUGGAGAUGCAAUCUGCUACCAGUACAUCAAGUUCUACAGGCAAGGGAGGUGUGUAGAAAACCCCACAGACCUCAUCUCCCCGCAAGCCGUCCUCAGUGGCCUCUUCACCCCAAACGCAAAAUACUUCAAUGAUGCAGUGCCUUCAGCGGAUGUUUACGUCAGUACCUGGAAACAAGAGAAGCGUAGACUUGCGCAUAGUCUUCGACAGUGGCAUAAGUACACCCCUGAACAUAUCAAGCUUGAGUUUCGAAGGGCUCGCCUGCUUUGCCACAGUCGUAGAUAAAAAUAAAUAAUUAAAUAAAAAUAGACUAGAGUGUGUUGAGAUCCGCAGAUAUGUAAGUGAUUCAAAGCAAGAAUAUUGAAUUUCAUUGUGGCAUGCUACAAGAAAAUCUCUAUUAAGCAAUUUUGCAUUGAAUCUGACUAAACAUGCAACUACUUAGUAUGAGUAUGCAGUUAUACAUGAAAUUAAAUUGUU